AUGUCGUCUAAACGGAAGCAACUUGCAUUAAGUCACCGUCGAGAUCUUUUUGAUAGUGAAAAUGAUACAGAUGAAAGCUACCACGACCCGUUCAGCGAUGUAGAUGGUGAGUGCGGCUCAGAUAAAAAUUAUGAACCAGAUAACGCUGAAGGAGGCGAGAGUAGUGAAUCUGACUACGAAAUUUUUACUGAGAAUAGACACAGGCGUAUGGCUUUGAUUAGAGUAAGUGAAAGCCCAAGCCAGUUGAAUGAUUCUAGUUUGAAUGAUGACAGUCCGGGAUCAGAAGAAGAAAUAGGUGAAAAGUCUUGCGAUGACCAAUCUGUGAUAGAACAAAGCGAAGAAGAGGAUAUAAUGGGAACUCCUAAAACCUUACGUACAUUCCCGUGCCAUAAG